AAGCGCAAGACGAGGAGGACGAUCACUAUGCCUGCCGAGGUGAGAGAGGAGCACAGCUCAGAGGACGGCUCGGCCGCCCAGGGGAGGCUGGAGCCCGGGGAGCAUCCCGAGGAGCAGGCCCCGCACGCGGAGGCUCCGGAUACCCCCACCUCCCUCAAGUCCACCACCACCUCCAGCAACGGAGGCACCAGCCACACGGACACAGAACGGGAGGACAGCUCAGUCACCCUGACCGAGAAGUCCUCGAGCCCCGACACCGAGAUGAACCCCAUGAGCUCCAGCACCUCCCACGAGGAGGUCGACCAGACGCAGCUGGAGGAUACUCGGACUACAGAGACUACUGAGUCAGCCAAACCAGAGGAGCCGUGCCCCCAAGACACUGAGAAUUCAUCCACUCCAAAGAGCCCACCGGACAGAGAGGAGCCAGCCCAAGUGGACCCUGCGGUCACCACAAACACUAACGCAGCCACAGAUGGCAACAAUAACACUCCAGCUGACGUCCUCCCGCCUCCACCGGUCAGUCAGACGGAACUCCCGCUACAGGCCCAACAACCCCCUCAGCCGCAACCGGACCCCGUCCCCAAAACCCCUCUCGGGCUUCCGGGAGGCGGCGGCGGCGGCGUUCACGAGAGCUUCGCCGCCCUCAACGGCGGCCUGCCUCCGACCCCCGGCGCGCUCUCCCACCUCCCGGCCAACUUCCUGUCGUCGCACACGACCGUGUGGCCGCCGCGGAGCUACCUGCCCGAGAGCUGCUACACGCUGCCCCUGCCGCGGGACCUCUGCGCCCGCGCCGCCCAGAGCGGCCUCACCGAGAGCCACGCGCCCAACGAGGGCGAGCAGGGGGCGGGGGACAUCAAGCCCGAGCACCCCAUGGACGGCCACCACACCCUGGGGGGACCCCAGUUCUUUCGGCCGCCCCAUGACCUCUUCAGAGAUCUCCCCAAAAUGAGAGCGGGCUACGACGGCAUGGAGGCGCUCCAGCACCCCUACCUGCAGGACCUCUACCGCGUCCACACGCUGGCCGCCCAGAAGCGAGGCUCCAUGGCCAGCCUGGACGGCAUGCGGCGGGACGCCCGCUGGAGGGACCCCAACCUGCGCGAGGUCAUCUGCAUGCUGGGCCACCCCAUGGACCCGGUCAAGGCCAACGCGGCCGCCUACCUGCAGCACCUGUGCUACGAGAACGACCAGGUGAAACAGGAAGUGAGGCAGCUGCGGGGCGUGCCCGUGCUGGUGGGGCUCCUGGACCACCCGAAGGCCGAGGUCCACCGCAAGGCCUGCGGCGCCCUGAGGAACAUCUCGUACGGGAAGGACCACCUCAACAAGGUGGCCAUCAGAAACUGCGACGGCAUCCCCGCGCUGAUCCGCCUGCUCAGGAAGUCCAACGACAUGGAGGUCAGAGAGCUGGCCACAGGCACCCUGUGGAACCUCUCUUCCCAUGAGCCUCUGAAGAUGGUGGUGAUCAACCACGGGCUGCAGACGCUCAGCAACGAGAUCAUCAUCCCUCACUCCGGCUGGGGCAUCGAGCCCAGCGACCCGACCAAGCCGCGCGAGUCCGACUGGACCACCGUCUUCAAGAACACCUCCGGAUGCUUGAGGAACGUGAGCUCAGACGGAGCAGAGGCGCGUCAGCGACUGAGGGACUGCGAGGGGCUCGUGGAUGCUCUGCUGCACGCUCUGCAGUCUGCAGUGGCCAGGAAGGAUGUCAACAACAAGGCUGUGGAGAACUGCGUGUGCAUCCUGCGCAACCUCUCCUAUCACGUCCACAAAGAGGUGCCGGGGGCGGAGCGAUUCAAGAGCCAGGCGGCCAAUAAGAUCUCACGAUCAGGCGGGCAUCUGUGUAAGAAGGAGGAGUCUGCCAAAGAGGAGUGGUUCAGUCAGUGCAAACGCCACGGCUUAUGUGACAAAAAGUACAGCACCCUGGACAUGCCCAAGCGCCCCAUGACAAUGAAAGGGUUGGAUCUUCUCUACCAGCCGGAGGUGGUGCGACUCUACCUGUCCCUCCUCAGACUGAGCCAGAACCAGAACACUCUGGAGGCAGCCGCCGGGGCGCUGCAGAACCUCUCCGCGGGACAGUGGGCCUGGUCCAAUUAUAUCCGAGCAACAGUGCGGAAAGAGAAAGGUCUGCCCGUUCUAGUAGAGCUACUGCACUCAGACGGAGACAAAGUGGUCAGAGCUGUCGCCAUUGCACUGCGAAACCUGGCCAUCGAUCGCCGGAAUAAAGAUUUAAUUGGGAGUUAUGCCAUGCGGGAUCUGGUCAGCAACUUGCCCAGUGGCCAGCAGCAUCCCGCCAAAAACCUGGAGGAGGACACAGUGGUGGCUGUUCUCAACACCAUCCAGGAGAUCAUCACUGACAGCGCGGAGAACGCCCGCUUCCUGGUGCAGGGCCAGGGCAUUCAAAAACUGGUCACCAUCAACAAAACAAGCCAAUCUGGGAGGGAAACCAAAGCGGCCUCUCAUAUUCUGCAGACUGUUUGGGCCUACAAAGACCUGAGGAACAUGCUCUACAAGGCUGGUUGGAACAAAUCACACUUUAAGCCCUCUUCCUCCAGCCUACCAAAGAAGGUGAAGAAUGGAAAGGCUGGCUAUGAUGACAUCACCCUCCCUUUGAUGGAGAAGAACCAAGAUGGGUAUUACAGCAUCGAUCAGAGCGACAGACUGAGUGAGGCUCCGAGUCAUAUGGUGGAACGGGAACAGUUGCAGAGUGCCAAUGAGAAAAGACACUUCAUCAGAGGCAACAGACCAGCUGUUGGGCUGGUUGAACAAACUCCCCCACCCCUGGAUUCAUGGGUCUGAGGCCAAUGAGUCCGUUUCAUCAUCAGCGUUUUCAAAAACAACCUGUACAAAACAAACAAACAAACAAACAAACAAACAAAAGAUUUGGUUUUUGUGUUACAAGAGUGAAGUGUUUUUUCUAUACCUUUAGUGAGCUCAUCAGUGUUUCCUGGUUAUUUCAGUUUUUAAAUACACUAAUGAGUUGUGUUGCUCCAACCCAGUCCUCUGUUCAUGUGAAUCAUCAUGAUUUAUCGUAUAUUUAUGAACCAAAGCAGUGCUCUUGAGAUAAUCCUAACAUGGGGGAUUGGGUGGGGUGGAGGGUGCUGCAUUCAUGCAAGCAAUUCUGCAUCUACAUGGCUCUAUAAUCAAAUAUGUAACUAGUUUUUGAUAUACAGUAUGCAUUGUUUUGAAAAAGCUUUCGAAUACUGCACAUCACUGUGGUUGAAACAACAUCAGCAUCCAUGUACACUAAUGAAAUUAAGUGUGUGUUAAAUGCUAUUUUGGAAUUAUAGAGGAGUCCCUGCUGGACAGCUU